AUGCCAUAUCAUAACAUAGAUGCUGCAUUUCGUUCAUCUAAGGUUAAUGAAUGUUACUUGUUUGUGAAAGACAAGUAUGUAGUUUUGAAUUAUGCUCCUGGAGAGAAGAAAAAAGAUAUCAUCAAAGGGCCAUGUCUUAUUUCCGACGGCUUCCCAAUGGUUGCUAAAAUGUCUGCGGAAAAUGUAAUAGAUUGUGCUUUUAACACUCAUCACAAUGAGGCAUUCUUCUUCUUUGAAAAACAAUGUGAAAAGAUAGAUUAUGCUCCUGAUUCAACCAAAUCCGAAUUACUUAGUGGUCCAACUUCAAUCAUUGAAGCAUUUCCUUGUCUCGAUCAUACAGUGCAUAAAGAUGGAAUAGAUGCUGCAUUUCUAUCUACGAGGAAAAAUGUUUACUUAUUUAAAGGACAUAGAUAUACCCGCAUAGACUAUGUUCACCCUGAUUAUGCGAUCAUAGUUUAUCGAACCAUACGCAAAGGUUUUGGUAGUUUGCUUGGUACAGUGUUUGAAUCUGGAAUUGAUGCAGCCUUUUCUUCUCAUGUUAAGCAUGAAGCUUACAUUUUCAGAGGAGAAUAUUAUGCACGUAUCAAUUUUGGGCCAGACACAUUAGAUGGUGACUUCAUUGUUGGUGGUAGAAUAAAGAGAAUCAAAGAUGAUUGGCCUGCUCUUCAUGACAUACUACAUUACGAGUAA